AUGUCAUCUUCUCUUACCGAAGAAGAACAGCAGCUGAUCGACUAUCGAAAUGCGACAAAUCUCAGAUCAGUCAAGCGAGCAGACCCAUCUGUAGCUCAGAUAUUGGAGACGAGCGUUUAUUCGGUGAUUUAUCACUAUGAUGAAUUAGGAGGGAAAUGGGAGAAACAGAAAUCUGAGGGACCGUUAUUCGUCGUACAGAGGGACAAAACCCCAGAAUGGUCGUUGUACAUGUUAAAUCGGCAAGGUCUAAAGAACCCCGCUAUACCGCUCGUACCUGGUGAAAUGAAGUUGACGGUCAUUGAUCAAGGCAUGUUACAAGUGGCUCGAAGAGGUGAUAAACAGCGGAUAGGUAUAUGGUUCUCUGAAGGUCCUGAUGCUGUUGAGAGAUUCAGGAGGACGGUGUUAGGUAUAUGUGGAGAACCCUCUAAACGGACUGAUCUGCCGUCAUCCCCCGCAAACUCAGCCGCUCAGCCUGUCCCUCAGAACGAAGAUGGCUUAUCGAGGUUAUUCGCAGGACUCAUGAAGUCACCACCAAUACAAUCACCUCCCGUCCAACCAGCUGUCCCUACCCCUCCUACCCAGACAACAACAAUAACGACCACUACAGUAUCUACGACCAGUCAACCGAUUUUAACUGCCGCUACCGCUCCACCACCUCCUGGACCUAUACCCGUACCUACUCCAGCGGACCCCUCCUCUACCCACGCUCAUCUUCCCAUCUCUCCACCGGCUCCACCAGCUCCAAUCCAAUCUCCACCUGGUCAGACCGCUGAUGAUCUCUUGAUGAGCAUACUGGGCUUAGCUCCACCUCAACCACAACAGCAAGUCUCUCCCCACCAACCACCACAACCGUCCGGACCAGAAUUCCAAAAUGAGACUCCUACUCCCAACGUACCUCCUGCACCUUAUCCACCCGUACCUGAAAUUCAACAAUUCCCCAUCCAGCAAUUCCCACCUCAAGCGCAAAUGCAACAGUACCCACCACCUCACCCUCACCCCCAUUUCCCUCAUGGUCGACCGACACCCCCACCUCCGGUCGGUCAAUACUCACCAGCUAGUCAAGCUCAACAACCUCAGCAGAGGUAUCAUAAAAUUGGAGAUGCGACAUUCGCCCAGACUGCAGCUACAGCAGCUGCAGCUGCACCUUCACCUUCGACUUCUAAUGCUUCACCGGCGGUAUCGUUCCAUACCCCUGGGAGUCAUACACCUAAUUUGAAUGGAUAUAAAAGCAACAUGGAGUCAAGAGGUAUAAUAGCUGAAUCGUUUAUUGAUGGAUUACAGAGGAGAGAACAACAGGAGGGAUUAAGAGUUGCUGGUAUUGGAUUAGGUAAAGAGGAGAGGAAGAUGGAAUUCAAAAGGAGAGUAACGGAUUUGAUUUUGUCGGAUGAGAGGUUCGUGGAUGAGUUGUGGGAGACGUACUUGGAUAGGAUGAGUAGAGCUGCUCAAGGUGGAUAG